UGUUGGGACUUGCAAAAAACAGAGCUCGUGUGGUACAUCCCUUCUUUAAAAUCUAAAAGGCGCCAAAGAUGGGCCUAACAUGGUCUUUUGCCCAAUCUUGUGACGCCCUGCCCAGUCUUAAGACUGGCCGGCCAGUCUUAAGACUGGGCAAUUUUAUGUCCAAAGAUUGGGCAGCGUCCUAAGAUUGGGCAGAACAGACAAAAUACGACAAACAAAACCAAAACACAUGCACUGUUUUCAAUAUUUUUACACCACGUAGAUAGCACAUUACGUACAGAAAACGCAAUGCAUUGUCAUCCAAAUUGAAUGAUUCGAACCAUAACAUUCGACGUUUAAAUCUAAACACUAUGUGUAAACAAAACGUAAAAUAAACAUUCAAAAUUUUAAGGUGAAGAAGGCAAAUUAAAACAGCAAGUGAAUGAAAAUGUAGUGAGUAAAUAUCUCUAUAAUUGAAAAAUAUAAAGCGCUGCAGAAAAUUGCACAGGGCAAAAGUACAAACAAAAGCAUCGCCCUGGAUUGCAAAUAAAAUAAAAGAAAAAUAAUUGAAGCUUAUCAAUCAGGUCAAAUCAAUUCCAGUCGAAAAAAAUAAAAAAGAGUACCAACAACGAUCGUGAUGAAGCUGUUUUCUAUGGUCUAAAAACGCGCGUUCACAAAAUAUUCCUGUCAACAAAAUUAUUAUCAAGGAAAAAGCUAUUUCUCUUUCCAAAAGCCUGGACCUUCCGGAUUUCAAAGCUUCCGAGGGUUGGUUGCAGAGACACAAUGUAACUUCAAAGCUGUUUCGAGAGAAGAGAAUAGUGUUAACCCUUGAAAUGACAGCAAGCUGGAAAGAGACAUACCUCCCAACAAUUUUGUCAAGGUACGAGUUAAAAGAUAUAUACAACGCUGACGAAUUUGGUCUUUUCUACCAAGCACUCCCAGAUAAAUCUUUUCAAUUCAAAGGAAACCGUUGCAGUGGUGGUAAGGUUUAUAAUAAGCAUAUGAACAACACACAGGAGUACAGUUAUUUUAAUAUUUUUUUACAAUUGUAUUAAGACAGACAUAUUUUCUUAUAUUUUCAGAUUCAGCCAGCAUUAUUCUAACCGAGGAUGAUAUACCUGACCCUCAUGUCAAAAUUGAUAUUGAAAACCUGCCAAAGUACAAAGUCGAGCACUUGAAAAGCUGUGUAAUAUUUCGUGGCGAUACGUUACAUGGGAUUGAUACACUCAAGGACGCACAAGUUCGAGUUUUGCACUAGAUCGAAAGUAAAACCAGCAGUAUGAAUGUAGAUCCAACUCCAGAAAAAGUAGCUUAGGAUAAAAGCAGAAAAAAUGGGGAUGCUAUUGAAACCUUUGUGGAAGGAAGGAACUAUGCCAGCUGUGCCUGUCGAACUGAAGGCAGAUAUAUUAAAUCGAUUAGACUUAACACGAUGGUCAAAAUCGUUUACAGAAAUGCCAAGCUUCACUGUAGAAAAUAUUAACAUUUAAAAUAAAAAAUUCAACGAGGCAUAUUGUAAAAAUUCUACUGCAAUAAAAGGACAUUUCAUACGUGGUGAUCAAUUUAUUGAAGAAAAUUUUCUUGAUUCGACCAACAUGUAUGCGAAACACAGUGACUCAUUAUUUUUUGGAAAGGUGCGGCAGCUGCUAGUUUAAAGAAAGCAAACAGAUGGGUAUUUUUAGCUUUAAACAAAAUCACAAGUGAAAUUCGAUAUGCCUAUUGUCAAUGCCCAGCUGGGAGUGUUGGAACAUGCUCUGGUAGACAGACUAUCAAUGAUUUCCGAUGCGAAAGCUUUUACCUCGAAACCUUGUGUUUGGAAUGUACCACAGUCUAGAGACAUUAUUGAGAAAAUACCUGUGAUGGAAUUGACAAUAAAAUCACUUAAUGCAAAAAAAAUUAAAAUAGAGAAAAAUAAUGAUACUAACUGUACACCGAAAGAAAAAAAGGAAUUGUUUCUUCCUUAUAUGAGUCACGUGUUUCUUCACAUACUACUGAUGAGGAUUUGACGUUCCUAUUAUCACACAUGCAAAAUACGAAAACCAACAUUUGUGCCACAAAACUGAUUAACCCAAAUCCUGUUCACUUUAAACAAACUCAGUUUGGUACAAUGGCCCUGAAGGCUCACAUUGUGCGCAUUGUUCUUGGUUCUGUGCGAGCUCUUCUUAGCACAUUGCGCGGUGUUCAACGACCCAAUGCGCUCUUCUUGGCUUACUUCGCGCUGUUCUCCAUAUAAAAUUUCGAGAGUUGUUCUUCUGAACCUGACUUUUCAUAAUUAGACUGGGGCAGAGUUAUGAAGCCAGCGGGUCAGUAGUUUAUAUUAACUUUUUAUCUUAUAAAGGAAUACUUUUAUUUCUAGCGCUUCUUUUAGUUUAGACAUGAUGGAGGAACUAAUCGAGUCGUACUUUUUAGAUAGAUAUACAAAUGUUGAAAUUUUGGGUUUCUUAGCCAUUCAACACAAUAUUUACAUAAGUGUAUCAACACUUAAAAGAAGACUGAAGGAAAAAAAUUUGCGUAGGCGUAUCUCAAAACAGAACGAAGACAGAGCUGCAAUAGGAGCAGAGGUAGCAAGACAUCUUUUUGGCAGCGGCAGUAAUUUGGGAUACAGAAAGAUAUGUAGUAUCUUGAAAAAAAUGGGUAUUGCUGUUAACCGUAACACAGUUAUGGAAAUUGUCAGGGAAUUGGACCCAGAAGGAGUGUCAACAAGGAAGAAGAAAAGACUUCGCCGACGAAUAUACUCAGUACCUGGUCCAGACUUUCUGUGGCACAUUGAUGGCUAUGAUAAGUUGAAGCCAUAUGGAUUUUCGAUACACGGGUGCAUUGACGGAUUUUCCGCAAAAUAAUUUGGAUGAAAGUUUCUCCAAGCAACAAAGAUCCAAACAUAAUUGUAGCCUACUUUCUCUCGGCAGUUAAGGAAAACGCAGCGGUGCCUACUAAAAUCAGGUCAGAUGAUGGCACUGAAAACAGUUUGAUCGAGCCUAUACAAAUAACACUGAGGGCCGAACAUGAUGACGAAUUUGCAGGCCUUGCAAGUUAUGCUAUUGGUACAUCUCCAUCCAAUCAACGCAUAGAAAGUUUAUGGUCUCAAUUUACGAAAGACCGUCCAAUGUGGUGGAGACAAUUUUUCUCUGAACUUUCAUCGUUUGGUUUUGUAAAUAGCUCAAGCUAUGUUGUGAAAGAAUGCCUGCGAUUUUGUUUCAUGCACAUACUAAGAAAAGAACUGGAUGAAUUUAAAGAGCGUUGGAAUCGACAUCUUAUUGCAAAGUCUAAAGGUGCAUCACUACCUACUGGUAGACCAAAUUCAUUGUAUCAUCUACCACAAUUGUAUGGGACCAAGUCGUACACAAUGUCGGUUGAUUUGGCAGAUGAGGAGUUCGACAAUCCUAAUUUUGCUCAAAAUAGACCAGACAAUUGCUAAGGGUUUUGUGAGUUUGCAGACGCUGUUUUGCAAAUAAGGGGCUUGUCGAGAGAAAGACCUUCAAGUGUAAAUCAAGCUUUAAAAAUAUAUUUUGCACUAUUAGAGGAUAUUGUAACAUAUUCUUAACAUUUUUAUUUCUCAUUAUAAACAAAUACUUUUUUUAUAUGUUUUUCUGUCCAUUCGACAGCUUUUCAGCACCAAUGAAAUUUCUAGUCUUUUUUUGUUAUGAAUAAUGCUUUUUGCCCAAAUACAUAGUCUCUUAAUUUACAAUUCCCGUGCGUGAAGUAAAGGGUGAAAAAACCUUUUCCAGUCAAUGUAAUAAACAGAAUUAAAAAUAUAUGUAAAAAAUACUACUGCAAUAUAAAAAGUCCAGGUAAAUAAAUAAUAUAAUAUCAACAGCUGAAAUCCAAAGCAUAACAUGGAGCUUACAAUGCUUCAUAAAGAUAUGUAAAAUAUACUAUUUCAAUAUACAAAGUCUAGGUAAAUAAAUAACAUAAUAUCAA